UAGGGAAUUGGGCGGGGGGGCGGCAACAUUGUUUUAAGUUGGACAAAUUGACAAGGGGCAGACAUACACUGCGUUCCAUUUUGACUCGGGGCCACCGUGUUGGGCUCCGUUUUCCCCCUCUUUGGCUCCCUCGGCUUGUUUUCUGCAGGGUUCCCAGGCCCCCGCUCCAGGGCCCGGCUGACCCGACUCGCUAGCGCUUCAUGGAGAACUUCCAAAAGGUGGAAAAGAUCGGAGAGGGCACGUACGGAGUUGUGUACAAAGCCAAAAACAAGUUGACGGGCGAGGUGGUGGCGCUUAAGAAAAUCCGCCUGGACACUGAGACUGAAGGUGUUCCCAGUACUGCCAUUCGAGAGAUCUCUCUGCUUAAGGAGCUUAACCACCCAAACAUUGUCAAGCUGCUGGAUGUCAUCCACACAGAAAAUAAACUCUACCUGGUUUUUGAAUUUCUGCACCAAGAUCUCAAGAAGUUUAUGGAUGCCUCUGCUCUCACUGGUGUUCCUCUUCCCCUCAUCAAGAACUAUCUGUUUCAGCUACUCCAGGGACUAGCAUUUUGCCAUUCUCAUCGGGUCCUCCACCGAGACCUUAAACCGCAGAAUCUGCUUAUCAAUGCGGAUGGAGCAAUCAAGCUAGCAGACUUCGGGCUAGCCAGAGCCUUUGGAGUCCCGGUUCGCACUUACACGCAUGAGGUGGUGACCCUAUGGUACCGAGCCCCUGAAAUCCUUCUGGGUUGCAAAUACUACUCUACAGCUGUGGACAUCUGGAGCCUGGGCUGUAUCUUUGCUGAGAUGUACCUAGUGUGUACCCAGCACCAUGCUAAGUGCUGUGGGGAACACAGAAGAAAUGGAAGACACAGUCUCUGCCCGCUGUGCUCCUAUCUAGAAGUGGCUGCAUCACAAGGAGGGGGGAUGACCGCAGUGUCUACCCCACACCCCGUGACCCGUCGUGCCCUGUUCCCUGGAGAUUCUGAGAUUGACCAACUCUUCCGGAUCUUUCGGACUCUAGGGACCCCAGAUGAGGUAGUUUGGCCAGGAGUUACUUCUAUGCCUGAUUAUAAGCCAAGUUUCCCCAAAUGGGCUCGGCAGGAUUUUAGCAAAGUUGUGCCUCCCUUGGAUGAAGAUGGACGGAGCUUGUUAUCGCAAAUGCUGCACUACGACCCCAAUAAGCGAAUUUCGGCAAAAGCAGCUCUGGCUCACCCAUUCUUCCAGGAUGUGACCAAAACAGUACCCCACCUUCGGCUGUGAUGUCUUUUCCCAGCCUUCACCUUCAGCCUCAUCCUCUCCUCCACUGUGGUUUGACCUGACUCAGAGCUGGGUGAUUUGGAGCAGGCAGGCUCUCUGAUCAUUUCUGCUUGCCUCAACACUUGCCUUCCCUUUUUGUCCAGCCAGCUGUGGGUAUCCAGGAGUGGAGAGGAGGAACAGGUCAAAAUGAAAACUUCAGUAUUACAGGCACUUAAUUUAGCUUCGACACCUCCCUGUCCUUUACUGAGGGGUAGAAUUCAAAACAAAAUUUACCCCUCCUCUAAUCCCAUUUGUCAUCCUAAUCUCUGAAUGCCCUAUAAUUAUUUCCUGUGUUCAGGAUGAGAGGGACCCCAAGUCUUCUGUUUUUUGUAAAGACCAAUUUACAGUAGGGGGCUAAACUAGAACUUUAGGGAAACAAGCCAAAAAUGAAGGGGCAGGAUGUCCUAUUUUAAAGAAUAAGUUUAAAAAUACAUCCAGUCAGCCAAAUUUUUAGUGUUUCAUCUCACCUAAAAGGCUAGAAGAUUCAAGAUGCAACCCCAGGGAAGAAGCCCAAGAGAUGAUUGUCCCAGUGCCUGUGUCCCUGCUUUGGGCAAACUGGAGUCUAAGACGCCUAAGGGAUAGGGGUUGUGCUUAGUUUGGAUUUGUGCUUCACCAUGGCCUUAUGAAGCAGGUGAGAGAUGUUCAAAUUUUUCUCUUUUAGGAUUUUUAAUUCUUGAGUUGCCUCCCAUCUUCCUUUGAAAGCCAUCUCUCACCCUAGGGGAGCAGAAGCUGAAGUUUAGACAUUAUUUUGAGAAUGCUGACACUUUAUAGGGCUGUGACAUAGUAGGGGCAUUGGGAAAAAAAUUAUUUCUUUGAAAGAAGGAUGAACAAUUAUAUUUAUAUAUCAGGUUAUAGUCUUUUUUUUUUUUUGUCGAGUGGCUGGAUUUAUUGUGCACCUUGGGGUUUUGUCAUUCAAAUGUUUUUUUUUAAGUAUUUUUCUUUUUAUAAUUUUUUUUGUCUUUUCCCACCUCUUGACCUUGAGUACUUUCUAUUAACAUUAUUUGUAAUUUAGUUUGUAAUUCAUUAAAAAAAUCUGUUCUUAGUUUUAUAGUU